AUGAAAACGGCAGCACAGGUUGAUAGCCGCCAUAUGCGAAUGUUCUUCAUACUUGUAUGCCAUAUUCUACUGAUAGUUUUGACGCUCUUAUUCCUAAACUAUGAGAAGUAUAUAGAGAUAGAGCAAAGGCGUCAAAAAUUGGAAAGCACUAUAAGUGAUUUCGCACAGAGGGUUGUUGCAGCAGCACAUGAUCCUGAUGCACAAGUUACUGUGGAUGUGAUGAGAAAUUACGUAGAG